AUGAGCAGUGACAGCAGUGAUAAGUCACUAACGGAUGAUGAAGCCUUCUUGGAACAGCUAGAAAAAGGAACGCUGAGAAACAUGAGAGUGCUUUGGUGUGAAUUACCAGAGGUUUGUUGAUAAUCAUAUAGAUAUAAUAAUAAUUUUCUCUUAAAAUUGAAAGGAAAUGUUAAGGAAAUUAAAUUUAACAAUAGUGGCGAUAAUCUGUGAGUGAAAGGGUUCAGGUUACGUUGGAUCAAUGCAGCCAGAUAAUAAAUGGUAAAUAUUCAGUGGAAUACUUGAUACCUCAACUUUGGAUAAAGAGUUAGCUUACGUCAAUCAAUGCCUUCAUAAAGGCUGUAGCAAAGCAAGAUUUAGAUGUCUUUUUAACCCUCCACUGUAAAAAGUGUCUUGCUCAUCUUUUUAUAACCUUUUAGGCAAUCAAUUGUAAGUAAUGUUUUAACAGUUUGAUUUUUACACAUUUUUAAAUUUUUAGUGAAAUUUAAAUUCAUUUUUCUCUAAACGUAUCUAAUUCUGUAGGAAGUACACAAAUACUUUUUUGAGUUUAGAUUAGUGCUCUUGCUUAGUAGGAAACCGUUAUCCAUCUAUCUACAUGUUAACAAUCUUUUGCAUAGAGGAUACGUAAAGUUGUCUCCAAGUAGAAUGAGCAAUUCAAAGGUCUUUUCAUGAUAUGCUCCUCUUCCGCAGGUCAAAGAAAGUGGCAUUUUAGACAACAUAAAACGAGAGGAACGCAAAAGACAAGAGGUAAGUAAUAUAAUUAUAUAAAUGGAUUUUAGUAUCAUACAAUAAGCUUUAUAUUUGCAUCUAAAUCCAGCUGUAUGGUCUUUAUAAAGAGUCUUGCAGACUUGGAACAUUGGAGUGUGGUACUGUCAACUUUUUCUAAGACGGACAUCUUCUGGACCUGCCCCGACUGUCUGUCUUAGAGAGGUGUCCGGCUUAUAGAGGUUCGACGUAACGUGAUACUAGUAAAAACUUUAGCUGAACUUGUUCGCAUUGAAUACACGUCUGUUUAACUUAUGCAAAACAGCUAAAACUGCAACACUGUAACAGUGGAGUCAUUUUCUUGUCUAUGAAUCAAACGUUCAUUUAAAGAAAGUGUCCACGGUUUCGUGGUAUAAAAGCGUACAAUGUAACAGUAUAAACUUUGCAAACUGAAGAAAGACUACAAAAUAUUAAAGAUUUUGUAAUUUACAAUCUUGUAGAGCACCUACAUUAAUAUUUCCGUUUUGAGGUAUUUUUCACUGCACAAAGCACUUCUCAAGUGUUUGUUGAUGGUUUCAAUAGUGUCUGUUGUCCGUCUUAGAGAUGUGUCCGUCUUAUAGUAAAGAAAACACUCAACUGGACCUGAGGUCUAACACUUGUGGGAUGCAGCUACUGUUCCAGCAGCUAUAAGUUUACUUAGCGACGCAUCUGCAGUACGUAUACCUACAAGACGAAUGGUGGGACUCCCGAUCUGAGCACUUAAAAUAGAAAUUUUGGUUUACUGUGCCUUUCAAUGACAUGCAACACAUGGUUAACUUCAUAACAUUCUUGCUUCUAUUUUUAAUGACAACGAAUAUCAACCAAAAGAAAUGAUAAGCUAAUCACUUCAGUUCAAAACACCCUCACUUUCAAAACGAGGCUAAGUGUGAAAAGGAGUCUCAUUUGCAUGAGAAUAAAAAGCUUCGCUUUGAAACAGAAGUUUGGGGCAACUUGUUAAUGGCCUAUAGGACAUAGGGUCACACAGGGCCACUAUGUCUUGAGAUAUACGCGUUGAUACUGAAUCGUGAAAGUGAGAACUUUCAUUUGAACUAUAAGGUCGCAUAGUAUUAAGGAGAGUGCUUUAACUGUGUUGAUUGCAGGCAAUGUUUGAGGUGAUUACGUCAGAGGCAAGUUAUCUCAGAAGUCUAAAUAUUCUGAUGUCACAGUUCAUCAAAUCAGAAGAGUUGAACGCAGGCUCCUCGCUAUGUGUUUUAGAACGAGGCCAGUCACAUGUGCUGUUUUCUAAUAUCAACUCCAUCAAGUCUGUCAGUGAGAAGUAA